GCUCUCGCCCGUUCUGGUUCCGUCUGCCUUUGGAGAUUCCUGCUGCUGUAGACAAAAGACAGACUUCAGGCUGUGCAUGUGGGUGCAUGUGUGCGUGGACAGUUGGGCGUGGCUGCUCCAUAUUUGUCAGAAGGCUGGUCACAUGGGCCACCGGUAUCCAAGCACUCCGAGUGAAACAGAGAACUUGGCUCAGAUAAGCCAUUGCACGGAACAAGGAGUUGCUUCCUGAGGAAGAAAAACGACAAUAAGAGAGAGAGAGAGACAGACAGACAGACAGAGAGAGAGAGAUAAGGAGUAGGAGCCGUGCUCGCUGAGAAGCACAUGCUGUAAAAAUGCCCACAAACUUCACGGUGGUCCCCGUGGAUGAUGACAAGAAUUCAGUUCAGGAAGAGAGCACGGAUGACAACGUCCUGAGAGAGGAAGAUGAAGACGCUGCAGGUGAUGGAACCCCAAAGGAAAGUAGUCCCUUCAUCAGCUCAGAUAAUGACAGGGGCAGCCUCUAUGAUGGCAAAAACAUGGCCCUGUUUGAGGAAGAGAUGGACAGCAACCCAAUGGUGUCGUCGCUUCUCAGCAAACUGGCCAAUUACACGAACCUUACACAGGGGGUUCGGGAGCACGAGGAGGCGGACGAGGAGGAGGGAGCAAAGAAGAAGACUGUAAAAGCGAGUCCACAAAUGGGAACGUUCAUGGGCGUCUACCUGCCCUGCCUUCAGAAUAUCCUGGGGGUCAUCCUGUUUCUGCGAAUGACCUGGAUUGUGGGAACUGCAGGCAUCCUGGAGGCCUUUAUUAUCGUAUCCAUGUGCUGCUGUUGUACAAUGCUCACAGCCAUAUCUAUGAGUGCCAUUGCUACAAAUGGAGUAGUUCCAGCCGGUGGAUCUUAUUACAUGAUCUCUAGGUCUCUGGGCCCAGAAUUUGGAGGAGCUGUAGGACUGUGUUUCUAUUUGGGUACCACAUUUGCUGGAGCCAUGUACAUCCUUGGUACUAUUGAGAUUCUUCUGACCUACAUAGUACCCAGUGGUGCCAUCUUUAAGGGUGAGGGGAAGGAGCUUGAAGCAGCAGCCAUGCUGAACAACAUGCGAGUGUAUGGCACCUGCUGCCUAGCCCUGAUGGCGCUGGUGGUGUUUGUGGGAGUGAAGUAUGUCAAUAAACUUGCACUAGUUUUCCUGGCCUGCGUCGUCCUCUCUAUUCUGGCCAUCUAUGCUGGAGUCAUCAAGACCAUCUUCGAGCCACCAGACUUUCCGGUCUGCUUGCUGGGAAACCGCACACUCCAAAACAAAGACUUUGACAGUUGCUUAAAGAUGGAGAUCAAAGAUAAUAUCACUGUGACCACAAAGCUGUGGUCUCUAUUUUGUGAGAGCACUUAUCUCAAUGCUUCCUGCGACGAGUAUUUCACAUUAAACAAUCUCACAGAACUGCAGGGUAUUCCUGGCCUCACCAGCGGCGUCAUCUCAGAGAACAUGUGGUCGGCCUACGGUGAUGACGGAGAGCUGCUGGAGAAAAACAUCGAGUCAGUGACACCAGUGUCUAAAAUCAUCCCUAAGCCCAUCACCUCCUUUCCCUAUGUAUUAAACGACAUGGCCACCUUCUUCACCCUACUGGUGGGCAUCUAUUUUCCUUCAGUCACUGGCAUCAUGGCUGGAUCCAACCGCUCUGGAGAUUUGCGGGAUGCACAGAAGUCCAUUCCCAUCGGAACCAUUCUUGCCAUAGCAACUACUACCUUCAUCUACCUUUCUUGUGUCUUGCUCUUUGGUGCCUGCAUUGAAGGAGUGGUCCUCCGAGACAAGUUUGGAGAUUCAGUGAAGAACAACUUAGUGAUUGGUACUUUAUCAUGGCCCUCUCCAUGGGUUAUUGUGAUUGGCUCGUUCUUCUCGUGCUGCGGGGCCGGUCUGCAGAGUCUCACCGGCGCCCCUCGGUUGCUGCAGGCCAUUGCUCGAGAUGGCAUCGUGCCUUUCUUGGAGGUGUUUGGGCAUGGAAAAGCGAAUGGAGAACCUACAUGGGCUUUGCUGCUUACUGCUGGUAUCUGUGAAAUCGGCAUUCUCAUCGCCUCACUGGACGCUGUGGCUCCCAUCUUGUCCAUGUUCUUCUUGAUGUGUUAUCUGUUUGUGAACUUGGCCUGUGCUCUUCAGACCCUCUUGCGCACCCCUAACUGGCGGCCCCGCUUUAAGUACUAUCACUGGACGCUGUCUUUCCUAGGAAUGAGCCUGUGUCUUGCCCUAAUGUUUAUUUCCUCUUGGUACUAUGCCCUGGUGGCCAUGGUCAUCGCUGGCUGUAUCUACAAAUACAUCGAAUACAGAGGUGCUGAAAAGGAGUGGGGUGAUGGCAUCCGUGGACUGUCGCUCAAUGCAGCUCGUUAUGCUCUCAUUCGGCUGGAGGAAGCACCACCACACACUAAAAACUGGAGACCUCAGCUGCUGGUGCUGUUGAAACUAGACUCGGAGUUGAGCGUGAUGCACCCUCGUCUCCUCUCCUUCACCACACAGCUAAAGGCAGGUAAAGGGCUCACUAUUGUGGGCUCUGUGCUGGAAGGUACAUACCUCACCAAGGAGACAGAAGCCAAGCAAGCCGAGCAAAACAUCAAAUUAGCCAUGACUGCAGAAAAGACCAAGGGCUUCUGUCACGUGGUGGUGACAUCCAACAUGCGUGAUGGCAUCUCACACCUAAUCCAGUCAGCCGGUCUUGGGGGCAUGAAGCACAACACAGUGUUGAUGGCAUGGCCGAAUUCCUGGAAACAGUCCAACGACCCUCUCUUAUGGAAGAACUUCAUCGAGACUGUGCGAGAGACUACAGCUGCUCAUCAGGCUUUGAUGGUGGCUAAGAACAUAGACAAUUUCCCUCACCAGGAGCGGCUACGAGAAGGCACCAUAGAUGUUUGGUGGGUGGUUCAUGAUGGAGGACUGCUUAUGCUGCUGCCUUUCUUGCUCCGCCAGCACAAGGUGUGGAGGAAGUGUAAGAUGCGUAUCUUCACCGUAGCUCAGCUGGAUGAUAAUAGCAUCCAGAUGAAGAAAGACCUUCAGAUGUUCUUGUACCACCUUCGGCUGGAUGCUGAAGUUGAGGUUGUCGAAAUGCACGAUAGUGAUAUCUCGGCUUUUACCUAUGAGAAGACCCUUGUAAUGGAGCAGCGCUCCCAGAUGCUGAAGCAGAUGCAUCUCUCCCGGACUGAGAGGGAGAGAGAGAUUCAGAGCAUCACUGACGAAUCUCGUAGCUCCAUUCGGAGGAAGAACCAUGCUCGGGCUCAGAGCUCGGGCUCAAGUAACCAAGGUGCUGCACUGGAGGACGAAAUGGAGAAUGAGGCGCAGCUCAUUCAUGAUAAGAACACAGCGUCCCAUGCUGCUAUUAGUGACAAAGCUGAUGCCACUCCUGACCGGGUCCACAUGACCUGGACCAAAGAGAAGUUUAUUGGUGAACGCAAUCGCAACCGGGAGCAAAACGCCGGUGUGGGUGUGCGGGAUAUUUUCAACAUGAAACCAGAGUGGGAGAGUCUCAACCAGUCGAAUGUGAGGCGCAUGCACACGGCCGUGAAGCUGAACGAAGUGGUGCUGUCCAAGUCGCAUGACGCUCAGCUGGUCCUCCUCAACAUGCCUGGACCACCCAGGAACCGUGACGGAGAUGAAAACUACAUGGAGUUCCUGGAGGUUUUGUUAGAAGGUCUCAACCGGGUCCUGUUGGUGCGUGGUGGUGGGCGAGAGGUUAUCACCAUCUACUCCUAACUCCCUUGCUGUCCCAGCUGUAUUUGAGUAGCACUGAUGGCGAAGCUGGGAUUGGGACAGUGGCAUGAUGGAGGACUGGUGUUUCUGGAGAGACUGUGCAGUUUUGGCCUUGGUGGGGAAAAAGAGGCUGCCUCCCUUAGGCAGGAAGACCUUUCGGGCAGGACGUAUAACCCAGACCAACGGACAAACGAGCACACCAAAACUAUUGGCACUCAUUGACUAUCUAUAUUCAUUUUAUUUUGUAUUUCUCCUUUUUUCUUCUACCAUCCAUGUCUGUUUAUGUUCAGUGAAGAAUAUGUAAUAUCAGGAAAUGCUCUAUGUGCCGACUGUUAUUGUUUUCUAAAGGAAUCGAAACAGCCAUGAGCAUAUUCAUAAAACAGCCAUGAGCAUAUUCAAAUUACUAAGCGAUUUUACAUAGGCAAUGCAGAGUUUUCAGUGGGAGAGGUAGAAUUAGAUUUACUGUUACUCUCAAUGUGCUGCUUGUGACGAGGGCUGGAAUAAAACACUUCAGAUUGGUGGCUCUGAUCACCACAGCAGCACUACAUGUCGUUAUGAGGAGACCUGGGCAGUUGUUCCCUUGGCCUUUGCACCAUAUGUUCAUAAGGUUUUAGAUUACAAAACAGUUAUUUUAUUUUUGCAUUCACAGGCUGUUUCGAGUAAUGCCGUUAAGGAAUUACAACCUUUUGGUUGUCAUUCUUUAACCAUUUUUACACUUAACAACAGCAACACAUUUGAACUCCGAAGAUAAUAUUCCAUUUAAUAUAAAUGUUGCGUUGAUGGUGUGAUUUUUUUUUUUUUGUUCCUCCAUCGAUUUUCUUGCUAUGACAUUAUUCUAAAGAGCCUUUGUCACCUUUGUUUUAUAUAUACUUUGUCAAAUCAUCAUAGUUCAGUCUACAUCAUUCUUUUAUAUUGUUUUUAUUGUAUUAUUUGAUUUUCUUUCCCCAGGAAAAUUCUCACGAUUCAUUUUUAACUAGUGAGUAUUUAUUUGUUUCAUGUACAGGGCUAGUUGUGAUGUGUUUGCCAAAUGUGUGCAUGUUAUUUUAGCGCAUUUUAUUUAUGUGGAUACAUGCAAUCAUUUUGGUUCCUUCUUUUUUGUCACUAGCAUAUCAUUCUCGAGCUGCUUAAGGGUUUACUUGGUUGAUUUGUUUUUCUGAGAUGUUAACUACGUCCCAUCAGAGCAGCAGGAAAAUAGCCAUAAUACUUGCACAAAGAACUUGGACAAUCUUGAUUUUAGUCGAAGUUUUAGACCAAAAAUCUUCAAAUCUUUCUUUUUAACAAGACUCUUCUUGAGAGUAAAUGUUACAUGUCAGAACUGAAAAUAUAUAUAUAUAUAUAUAUAUAUAUAUAUAUAUAUAUAUAUAUAUAUAUAUAUAUAUAUAUAUAUAUAAUAAAUGUCAUCCAGUGGAUCACAACGUUUUAAGCUGUCAGCAUGGUUACAACCAAAGCCGUAUUAUUUCCCAUCAUUUACAGUCGUACCUGCCUUAACAUCUGUGUGAGAUGAAGGAAACGAACAACUGAUCAUUUUUAAAUGCUGGACCACGUAAUGUUUUUAGUGGUGACAAUCGUACACAUCAUGUAGGGAUAAAUAUUUAAAAUCCAGGCUGCAGGUCAUAAUAGGUAGGUCAUAUAGCUUAUGGUGCUGGUCACACUAUUGGUCCCACUCCAAAAAAUGUCAUGUCUAAGCCCCUAUUAGAUCAUGUUAGAUAUUUAUCACCAAAAGCACAACGUCCUAAUAGUGUUCAUAUAGUGUUCAGCUUGGGUAGCAUAAUUAUUUUUUUAUGAUCUAUUUCCAGGUAACGACAGUCACCCAAAACCUCCCAUUUGGCCAUAUGCCAUGUUGCAUGCAGAUAUCGGACCAGAUAGGAACUGUUCAGAGUUUUUGCCUGUUUGGUAUAGCCUCUACAUUUCUUGCUGGUUGGACCCCUAACAGUUUAUCGUUUAAAUGUGUUGUAAGAUUCAAGCUGCAUGUUGAAUGCAAGUCUCGCCAGAAGCAAUGCAAACCCAUGGUUCUGUAUGUGACAUUUUCCAUAAACAAUUUUAAGUUAUUUCUAGUAGGCUGCUGUGUCCUAAUAGGUAAGAACCAGACUCAUUCAAAGUGCUGUCUGAGAAGGCGGAGUCUAACAUGCAGUAUAUAAGUGUAAUACACAGACUUCUGAAACACUGAGAAUUUUAAGAUGUGCCAUUUGACCAAAGUUCAUUCGACUAUUUUCCGUAAACAUUUGUCACAUACGGAAUUUCAAUUACCUCUGUAAGCAGUGUUCCAAUUCUGCUGAAAUUUUCAAGUUUUGCCACAAAAAGUGUGUUUACCUCGCUUGGAUCAUUGACAAGCCUAGGUAAAGUGAAUUUUAGAAACAUUGAGUUUACGCCACCUUCUUAUUUGAAGCAGAAGAGCCUUCUUGUUGCUUCAUUCAGAUGCCUGGAUAAUGUGCACAAGGUCCCAUUAAGCUCUCACUCCCUGUGAUUUAUUAACUUUAGGGUAUUAGGAACUCAAAAAGGGGCGGCACGGUGGUGUAGUGGUUAGCACUGUCGCCUUACAGCAAGAAGGUUCUAGGUUCAAGCCCAGUGGCCGACUUGGGCUUUUCUGUGCGGAGUUUGCAUGUUCUCCCCAUGUCUGUGGGUUUCCUCCGGGUGUUCCGGUUUCCCCCACAGUCCAAAGACAUGCAGGUUAUGUUAACUGGUGACUACGCUCUAAAUUGAGCGUAGGUGUGAAUGUGAGUGUGAAUGGUUGUCUGUGUCUAUGUGUCAGCCCUGUGAUGAUCUGGCGACUUGUCCAGGGUAUAUCCCGCCUCUCGCCCGUAGUCAGCUGGGAUAGGCUCCGGCUUACCUGCGACCCUGUACAGCAGGGGUCUUCAAUCCUAUCCACAAAGGGCCAGUGUGGCUGCAGGCUUUCAUUCCAACCAAGCAGGAGCUACACCUGAUUUCACUUGUUUAAUCAUUUCACCCUCGUCUCCAGUCAACAAUCAAGUGAGCCUCCAAUUUGGCUGUAAUGAAAGCCUGCAGCUACACCGGCCCUUUGCGGAUAGGAUUGAAGACCCCUGCUGUACAGGAUAAGUGGCUACAGAUAAUGGAUGGAUGGAAAUCAAAAAGUAUAGUACUGGAUACAUACAAGAAUAUUUCCAUUUUACCCCUUGGGCAACAUAAUUGGGACCAGUAGCAUGACCAGGGCCUUAUACAGUAACAGAGUUGGAGUGAACAUAACUAUAGUCCGUGUGCUCAUAUGUUUUGGGGGUUUUUGUUUGUCUGUUUGUUUGUGUUUUUGUUUCAGCACCAAUUUAGUUUAAAUGUAAGGGCCAGACUCAUAGGAAAUCCUGUUUUGGUUUAGGAAGCGUGAUAAGCUGGUAUAACAAAGAAAAUACUGUUUGAGCUUUAAUUAUUUUACGUUUUUAAGUUAAUGUACUUGUCCUUUGUAUCAAAAUAUGAUUUGUGCCAAAAAACAUACUGGAAGGUGUGUGUGUGUGUGUGUGUGUGUGUGUGUGUGUGUUUAGUUGUAUUUACAGUCACGCACAGUAGAUGGAGAAAAUGUGUAUGUGCAACAUAUAAACCUUGUAAAAGUGUGUUUCUAUGAUUGCAGCUUCCGUGGCAUGAAUUGUUUUCUUGUCAAUAAGGUCUGAAACUUGAGUGAGAGAGCAAAUUUGGAUUCCCUACCAUCAUCUCUGCAGGUUUAUGGCCUUGUUAGUAUCCAAUGCUGUUCAAGCCUGUGUGGAGAAAAAGGGAUAUAUCACUGUAUAUAUUUGAACAGUUUAUUUUCUUUCCUUUUCUUUUAGUUGUGCAGUAUUUUGUAACCUGAACAUUUGCAUUUUUCUGCAGUGCAUCGUGAUAGAGCUAGCUAGAGAAAGGGAAUCCCUACAAAUGGAUGUUGAUGAAGCGGGACUCUUUCUCUGGGGUUCAACAUCCACGUUUCUAUCCAUUUACUAGUCGUCUUAUCGUGUUGUCUGUGGUCAUAGUCUCUGCACUUCAGUUAUGUUAUUCUAAGUGUUAUGCUGAAUUUUAGUGAAAUGUGGCAAGGGCAAUAAGUGUGUAUAAGGUUUUGUGUUCUUGUUUUUUUUCUCCCUCCUUUUCUGUCAACUAAACCAUUUGGAACAUAGCAUGUAGUGCUUUUGUGGUUCACUGGGAAAACUUUUCUAUGGGAACAGGACAAUAAACGGGCAAUGGGCAAUAAAAUAAAAAAAAGUUCUCAUAUUAGGACCAUCUGUUUGGUGUGGGAGAAGGUUUCUCUUUAUGUUUAUCAAGGUGAGGCACGAGCACAUGGAAUUUAACUAAAUAGAAAUGAUGAGUGAGAAGCCAUUGAACCAGGGACUGAUGGGAUUUACUGAUAUACAGCUACAAAAAGAUCAGUCAGAGGCUCCAUAAUGAUAAUAUUGUGGAGAGCUUAAAAAGUAGUGUCUCAUUAGUUGCUUAAGAAAAUUCGAAACCAUUUUAUGUUUGCUUAACCCUGAUUCUGAUUGGAAGAGAAGAGAGGUGUGUGUGAGUGAGAGAGAGAGAGAGAGAACAUAGAAUGUAUGUGUAAUAUCUGUGGGCACUGAAAUAUGUAGCAGUAUCAUCAAAAAUCUCUCAAAAAACUUCUCAGAUCCAAAGUCCCUCAUCAUUUUCAUUUCCAGAAGAACCACCUGUGUCUCACGUCCGCUGGGAUAGACACACUCAACCAAAACCUGUAGUAGCCUUGUGCAUAUAAUACAAGAAAGGCACCAAUUGCAGCACAUAUGGAUCCACAGUAGUGGAAAGAAACCCUUUAAAUUACAUUUGUGCCUCUGAAUAAUUUAAAUUAAAGUACUGAAAUGCAUCUAGA